UAUACAUGUACCGAGUCAUUUUUCUGGUUUUUAGAAUAAAAUUCAUCAGCUUGAUUUUUAUUUUAUUUCUGUAGCAUAAUUUUGGCAGACCUGUUUAGUGGACUAGAUCCAGAGCUUCAAAGUUUCAUUCACUUUGGUGAUAAAUUGGAUAGCUUGUAAGUAUACUGUCUAUUAUAGGGUGUAUAAAGUCCUCUAUUGAACUGUACAUUUCCAAAAGAAUAGUACUAACAUAAAGAUAUUACUCGGCUGUGAUUGGUUGAUUUCAGUGCACCCUUCGGUGGCCAAGUGGUUAGCGCACUUGCCUUUCACCUCUGAGGCUGCAGGUUCGAAUCUCACUAAGUACCUUCUCAGUGCGACUCGAACCCAGUCCUCAUGCGGAAAGAGUAAAAGUCAACGCUCUGCCGAAAGCCGUGGGUUUUCCCCGGGUACUCCGGUUUCCUCCCACAGGGAAAGUUGACAGGGUGGGUUAGGUAAAAAGGGCCCACAGUAAUUGGCAUAUGCUGUUGUGGUGACCCUGCCCUAGUUGGCAAAGCUAAAUAAAUAAAUAAAUAAGUUAAUCCCAAACAGCAGUGCAAUUUUCUGUAAUCACAUUGCAAUUUUCUGUAAUCACAGUGCAAUUUUCUGUAAUCACAGUGCAAUUUUUUGUAAUCACAGUGCAAUUUUCUGUAAUCACAGUGCAAAAAUCUGUAACAAACUGAUCUGAUUGGUGGAAAAACAUUGUGAUGAUUACAUAAACCAAUCAGUUUAAAGCAAUUUAGUUUAAAGAAGUAACGGUCACAGAUUGCUUCAAAACAAAACAAACAUGGCGCCGCGCUACACAAAGUAAAAGUUGCCUUCGCGUGGAAAAUGUGGCUUUUAUCUUUAUUUGUAAAUGGAAAAGCAUUUACCUUAAACAAGACUAACAACAAUUACAUAGUUGAGUGGAAUUUUCAAGCUGUUAGCGUUGUAUAAUGUGAUAUAACAAAGCCAGGAAAAGUUUGCCGGUGGAAUGUUCGCUAUAAACGCGUAAGUUUAAACUACAAUUGUCUCGAACAUUUUCAUGUAAAUUAUUAAUAAGUAAUAGCAUGGUUUCUCGUGAAAUUUGGAUAAACAUGCACUCGUGAGUUUUUAAAAGACCUCAAAUAGCACUCGUCCUUCGGACUCGUGCUAUUUUGAGGUCUUUGAAAAACUCACUCGUGCAUGUUAUAUCCAAAUUGCACUCGAAACGAUGCUAUUACCUAUACUUACAUACUUCCCUAGACUAUUUGUCUUUACAACAAUUGUGAUAUUACUUUCCUAACUAUGUUCAUCCUAACCCACCCUGUCAACUCUCCCUGUGGAAGGAAACUGUUUCCCUGUGGGAGGAGCGCCCGGAGAAAAUCCACGUCUUUCGGCAGAGCGUUGACAGACACUUUUCACAUGAGUCCGUGCGAGAAUCGAACCCACGAUCACAGAAUAGAUACAGGACCAGAAGUGUCACUCAGACGAUAUUUUGUCCGAAAUUUUACGAGUGCUGACGUGAAAAUACGCCAUCAUAUGACGCCAUCCUGGAGUGUACACGGAAGUUUUUCAUAGGAAAACAUAGGUACAAAGUGCCGGGUGCACUCCAGGAUGGCGUCAUAGCACGCAAAAAAAUUUCGGACGUUUUCCUUCAGCCAAAACAAAUAGGAGUGACACUUCUGGUCCGGUUUCUAUUCUGUGCCACGAUCUCAGACGUGAAAGCCACUGCGUCACCGAAGCGGCCCUAUACUACUAUACUGUUUUAUCUUCAACAGUAAUACAAUGUACAUGCUGGUACGUAUUGGUGAUUACGUUAUGGCACAUCAGGCUUCUGGUAUCCAUGUAUCAUUUCUCAGUCAUCAGCUUGCUCAGUCAUUGAUCUUGGUCAAGAGAUUGUUCGAUAAAUUUAUUGUAAGUAUUUACAUGUAAGCGUACAAUGUGGUUGGAAAUAAAGUGUUUGCCCAUCAAGGCAUGUGAUUCCUACAUCUAUUGCCGUAAGAAGUAACAAUUGUUAGCUGAUUUCUGCAGAAUUUCUAACGGACCAGAUGGUAUUCAGAAUUAUAUUACGCAAAUAAAAAUGAAAAACAUUUCAAUGAGCGAUGACUCACAUUAGGGGCGGACCAUUAGAAAAUUGAUGAGGCGGGCGACAGAAAGGAAAAAAAAACGUCAAAGAGGAAAGCAAUGAAAAAUACCUUUUAAAAUUCCGCAAAAAGAAUCCCACACAAGCAGACGGAAGCUGAACCCCCCCCCCUCCCCCAUCACUUUUCUAAUAGUCUACCCCUUCACGAUGGGAAAGGGCUCAAAAUGACGUUUUCAUCAGGUCUUGGUGACCGCUCAGUUCCAUUUGUGAUCGGAUAAACGAGAUUUCUGAUAGGAAAAACAUUGGAACGACGUUGUCAGCUCUCAAGCGCCCUACCAAAAACAAUAAAACACGAAAAAGACUCGUACUAGUAAUAAGGCGUUGUCGCUUGAUCUCAUUCUCGUGAAAUCGUAUUCGCUGGCGACGAUACGGUGACAAUAUUCAAACAUGAAAAGAUUUUUACCCAGAAAAUCCUAAGCUUACAUGCAAUUUACAUAAUAUUUAGCCAGUCCAGAAUAUCUCGGGAAAUCAAUCUCGUUUCCAGAGCCUGAAUGUGACCGGUCACUAAGUCACUAUGAUCGGCGUCAUACAAAUUUGGCUCGUCAUUGACCGGUAACCGGCGGUUAUUUUCAGCUCUGCUUGGAUUUUUUCAUCGGGAGUUUUAUCUAGUAUACGGGUUUUGCCUUGGGGGGGGGGGGGUUGCAAGGUUUUUUUGUCAUUGCGGAUAUUGUGAUUGGGGGUUUUGUCGCUUCCUGUCAUGUAAGAGUUUUGUUGACGAGGGUUUUGUCGUCGUGGGGGUAUUGUCGUCCAGUGUUUUGUCGGUAUUCUGUCACCAUUUCCAUUACCCUGCUAGACUAUUCCUUUUUAAUUUGUGCAUGCAUCAAAGGAGUUGAAUUUGCUUAAUCUGGCCUUGUCUCAAAUGGCCCAAUUACCGAUAAGAAUCAAGUUGUGUUGUAUCAAUUUUGUGAGAUCAUUAUGCUAAAAGUUUCUGCUCGUUAUUUUUUUAGAUUGCGCUUGGAAAACAAGUUGAAGAAACGAAAGUUCCAAAGAAAAGUAGAUGUGGUAUUUUGCCAUUUGUUUCUAAAUUCGAGGUAUGCUGCCGGAUUAUUGUAAAGUGUAUCUUUCGUUGCAGACUGAGCCUCGCAAAUUGGGCAAUCGUUGGUGGCCUUGAACGUGUACUGUACUUUUGGUCGUUAUUUCAACACUUAUAAAAGUUGUCGUUUUUUAUCAAUGGAGUAGUUUUAAAGGGCCUAUCCUGUUUUGACGGCACCAAAACACCGUUUUGUUAGUCGUGUAUAGGUACCCGAAUUUAAACUUGCACCCGUAAAGAAAUUGAACUUGAUAUUCCCAGAGUCUUACACACAUUUUAUACGAUUACAAUUUUUUAGAGUUUUGCAGAAACCGCUGAAUUGAUUUUCAAGAAUUCAGACCGCCGUAACGACUUGGAUAAAUCAUAUCGUUAUCUUGUCGGGGUCGUGUUUAAAAACAUUGAGAGAGCCGCUGUUGAAAAUCAAAAAACGCCCGCUGACGUUAUACAAUUUGGUAAGUCUCACGUUUUGUUGGCUUUGUUUCAACUUGUGCGUUUUCACGUCUGUGCUGUAUACAUGAUAUACCGUAUUUACUCGAUCUAGCGCCGCCCCCGAAUGAGCGCCGCAUUUGAGAUCAUUUUUUUUUAAAGAGCGCCGCCCCCGAAUGAGCGCCGCACUAAACAGUGUAAUAAUUUUCCACCGUCAAAAUGGGGACAUUUAGUGAUAAAGACAUUCAAAACUUGUUUAUUUUAUUGUUAAAAGUUCUUGAUAUAAUUCACAAAUAAAAGUUUUUUUAAAGAGCGCCGCCCCCGAUUGAGCGCCGCCCUCGAAUGAGCGCCGCAUCUGAAGCUCUGAAAAUUUAAAGAGCGCCGCGGCGCUCAAACGAGUAAAUACGGUACGCGAGGAGUUUUAAUUAGUGGUUGGAAACACCAAAAUUGUGUUGCAUAUCAUACAUGAGAAAAGUUUUAUUAAGUAUACAGUAUUAAUAUAAUCAUCUGGGUUCACUCUGCCUUUCAUUGGUCGAGACGAGUGGUGAUAUAUUACAAGCCACAUGCAUGCACAGGUGGAUGGUGUCUUUCGAGUGACGUGAUAUAUUUAAGCCAGUCACAGCUCUAUUUAGCCUCCUGCGCAAACAUCUCUUUGUAGGCUAAGCUCUUUUAGAAGCAACACCAGUGAAGACAACGAUGUAGGCUGAUUUUCUUUGUAUUUUGGUCAUGAAUAAUUAACAAUUGAGCAGUCUUGUUUAUAAACAGUGUUUAUCUUGUUGAGUCAAUAGUAUAAGUACUACAUGGUUGUUGGAAUUAACAAAGUGAAAACUGCCACGAAGACAUAAUUAUUAUUCAAUGAUAUCCUAGCUAUUGCAUGUUCAGCGUACUGUUAUUUAAGUCAGAAAAUGAUUGAUUUCUUCACAUGUAUAAGUUUCGUAUUCAACAUUAAAUUAUUGCUUGAAAUAAUUUGCAUGUAAAAUUGGAGGUAAUAUCCAGUACUGUAUCUUUACUAACAAUGAAUAUAUACCCCUUGACAUUUGUGUGAAAAUAAUAUUCUUUCUUCCCUUUCUGUAGAAAAUUAUCAUCACUUAUACGGUAAGUUCCCUCGUCGCAAUUAAUGUAUACUUUAUAUUGCAAUAGAAAUUUCAUUCGAACCACCACUUCAUUUUUAGGUGUUUUAUCACGGUUAAAAAUCGCUAGUUUGGACGGUGAAAGGAAACAAGCAAAAGUGCAGUACACUGAACAUAUGAAUACGUACGCAACGUAUAUGUUUGGACGACCGAUGGAAAAACUCAAUGUAAGCAAAAGAUUCUUAGACUUACCACUUCGAACUGCUAAACUACAGUGAUGAAUAUGUACAAACUACAGUGAAGAAUAUAUACAAACAGGGUAUAGAAUAACUCGUAGGUUACAUCAUAGAAAGAUAUGUUCUACAAAGACUAUAAUACAUUGAUAGCGGACGUGAGAAAGUAAUUAACAAAAGUGCAUGUGGGAAUUAAGGACCUACACAUGCAGAGCAUGACAAAAUAGCAUUUUGUUUGUGUUGGAUCGGUUGUGCUAGAUCCAUGGACAUGUAAAUAUGGUAAAUGAUAUGAGCGAAUUGAAUUUUGAGGAGAACAGUAAGACGUGCCUGUACCAUACAACAACUCAACAAGAUAGAAAAAUACAGGACAGGACUACAUAGUACUAUAGUAGCUCAAAAUAUCACAUGACGUUGACGGGAAAGAUUUAUAAAUGCAAGUGAUAGGUCCCUCAAGACAGGGUAUAAAUAGCAAGACAUUUUGGGUGGAUCGGAUGAGGCAGAGAUCGUUAUUGUUUCGGCCAGUUCAAAUUAGUACUGCAGAGUCCUCUGGAGAAUAGAGGACUGUUGAUAUGACAGGUCAUAAUACCCUGGUUGCUUGUAGUGUCUUGUAAUAGCAAAUAGAUACUACAAUGACCAAGUGACUAUUUUAAUAAUUUGGCCUCAGAUUCUUGUGAGAAGAGUGCUCUACAGGAGGGAGGACUGUAGUACACUCCAUACAUUUCUCCUGGUAGCUGGUUAACUCCCUAGUAAUAUUGUAGUAUAUUAUAUUUGUAAUUACUAGUAAUAUAGUAGUAUAUUAGUAGUAGUAGUGGUAGUAUAUUUGUCCAAGUGACUAUUUUAAUAAUUUGGCCUCAGAUUCUUGUGAGAAGAGUGCUAUACAGGAGGACUGUACUACACUCCAUACGUUUCUCCUGGUAGCUGGUUAUCUCUCUAGUAAUAUAGUAGUAUAUUAUAUUUGUAAUUACUAGUAAUAUAGUUGUAUAUUAGUAGUAGUUGUAGUAUAUUUGUCCAAGUGACUAUUUUAAUAAUUUGGCCUCAGAUUCUUGUGAAAAGAGUGCUAUACAGGAGGACUGUACUACACACCAUACGUUUCUCCUGGUAGCUGGUUAUCUCUCUAGUAAUAUUGUAGUAUAUUAUAUUUGUAAUUACUAGUAAUAUAGUAGUAUAUUAGUACUAGUAGUAGUAGUAUAUUAGUAGUAGUAGUAAUAGUAUAUUUGUCCAAGUGAUUGUUUUAAUAAUUUGGCCUCAGAUUCUUGUGAGAAAAGUGCUAUACAGGAGGACUGUACUGCACUCCAUACGUUUCUCCUGGUAGCUGGUUAUCUCUCUAGUAAUAUACUACAGGGACCAGUCACGAAUUACGCUCUCCAGAUAUCAAAGUAAAAUAAUAGAUAAAACUCAUUGAGGUACAUGGAAAAAACAUGAAUCACUGGACAACUUAUUGUCAAUUGCUAAAGCAUCUGCCGUCACAACUUAUGCGAUAUACUUGUAUAUGUAUCAAUAAUUAAUAUCAGCUUGUUGUAUUUUUAGACUUUCUUUGACGGCAUUGAAGAAAAGUUGUCAAGUGGCGUAAAGGCGGAAGAAAUAGGUUACCAACUGGCAUUCAGUAAACAAGAACUGAGGAAAGCGAUAAAGGAAUAUCCCGAGAAAGAGGUAUAAAACUCACCUGUUUAUUCAAUGCUGUAAGCUAGAUAAGCCAGGACAGGGUUUAUUUUUUGAAGAAUGGGCUUCGCGUUAUUCCCAUAAUUUUUGGUGAUGGUGAAAGGAUGCACCCCUCUCAGAAUUUUAUGUUAAAGUGGAAGUCAAGUCCGUUCUGCGCAUCGGUUCUGCUCAUAACAAUGUGAGGACCUCUGAAUGUAAACAUUGCCCAAAUUUCGAAUGUUUCGAAUUUUUCUGAACAUAAACUCUAUUUCAUAUUUAUUUAGAAGCAUAGCGAACCAAAAUGGUGUUAGAUAUUCAGACAGCACAUCAUAUUUUUAAAAAAUACAGCAGUUCAAAAUGUAAACAAACCGUUUGUUUACAUACGGACUUAACUUCCACUUUAAAUAUGUAUUUUAUAUUUUCAUCAUUUUUAAUGAUGUUGUUUAUUUCGUAUAAUAAUAUUUCACAAAUCUCCCAGUUUUAUAAUUAUUACUAAGAAGCUUAUAUUUUAUUAACUUUAAUUAGUCAUGUUAUUUUCUUUUUGCACCCUUGAAGAAAUUGUGGACAAUCUUACGGUUCUUACCCAUGUUAAUUUUUAUAUUUUAGAUAAAGAAAGGCUUGGAACAUCUCUAUAAGAAAGUUGAAAAACAUUUAUCUGAAGAAGAAAAUUUACUUCAGGUUUGUCAUUGAAGUAUGAUUUUUUCUGUGUUGGUGUUAUGUACUGUAUUCAGGCGAAUAUGAUGUUUGUGAUGUUACUCUGAGUGUAUAUCCACACCCGGCAAGCUUGAAAAAUAUGCCUGGCCACGGUGGGAAUCGAACCUACGACCUGGAUUGGGCAGAGCAUUAGGCUAGUAUUCCAAAGGUCGUAUAGGUUCGAUUCCCACCGUGGCCAGGCAUAUUUUUCAAGCUUGCCCGGUGUGGGUAUACACUCAGAGUAACAUCACAAACAUCAUAUUCACCUGAGUACAUAACACCAACACGGAAAAAAAUCAUGAUUACUAGAUUGCAUUGAUAUGGAAGGAACUAGACUCAUGCAGUUCCGAAAUAUCACUUACUCGAACCGUCCUGACCGCGUAGCUCAGUUGGCAGAGCAUAUUAGGCUAGUAUUCCAAAGGUCGUAGGUUCGAUUCCCACCGUGGCCAUGCAGGCAUAUUUUUCAAAAUUUUGAAAUCUGGAGACUCCAAAAUUGCUAUUUAGUACUUGGAGGGGGGGGGGGGCAUUUUAAAUAAUUCUGAAUACUAUAACAAGUUAAUGUUUAACACUUUUACUCGCAAUGUGCUUGUCUUUCAACAUAUAUUUUAACUCAAAGCUACUGUAAGAAUUUCUUCAUAUACUCUCAUUAACUAUGAUAAAAAAUACAGACAAAGACUUACUAUAUACAUUCACAUUUCAUAAUUUCACACAAAAAUGUGUUAAAAGGGCCUAAGGAGGGGGGGGGCAACAGGAGGGCCUGGGGGGCAAAUGGCCCCCAGUACAUAUGUUAAAAUAUGCCUUGCUUAUUGACCAAUUAGUUUAGAGGGUAUAACAGUGACUCAAAACAUCUUAUUUUAUUUUAUUUUCGACAGGUUGUAUGGCGUUCCAUGCAAGAGAAAUUUAUCCAACAAUAUAAGUAUUUUGAUGAACUCAUAAACCGUUGCUAUCCGGGUUCAAUGAUAACUUUAGACUUCUCCAUUGACAGUUUAUUGACGUUCUUUUCAGAUAUUGCGCAAUCUCAUUGAUUACAAUUUUGUAAAUAUUCCACACUGAUCGGGGACGCUGGAACUGAGGGGGGAGGGGUGUUGUAGUAAUACCUGCCUCCUCCAUUAUACAUCACCUAUUUUGGAGAGUUUGCCUGACUGAAUCAAUACUUCUGUAGUGCUCUUUGAUGAGAUCAUGCAAACCUCGCUUUUUUAUUGUUCAGGCGUCCCAGGUUCUAAUCUUAAAAUAUGCUAGAUACAGUACACAAGCAUUGAAUCUAACCCAGAGUUGCCAUACUGGUAAAUACUUGCUGAAGCCAAUACUAAGAAUAUGACGUUCCCCGAACAAAGGAUCCUAAGGGAUUACCGGUAGUAUAUUUUUAAAAUUAAAAUGUUAUUACAAAAAAAAAGAAUAAUAUAGAUACCCUUGAAUAAAAACUGUAAUGUAUAUUGAAUGAAUGAAAAAAUUGAGUACCAGUUAGUACUCCAGCU